CAGUAGGUGCCUGGCAAACGUCCUAGAACUUUAAAAACGGAAAAGACCUGCUUUUAAGGGAUAAUGCUGAGGGACACUAUGAAAUCUUGGAAUGAUAGCCAGUCAGAUCUCUGUAGCAGUGACCAAGAAGAGGAAGAAGAGAUGAUUUUUGGUGAAAAUGAAGAUGAUUUAGAAGAGAUGAUGGAUUUAAGUGACCUGCCUACCUCACUUUUUGCUUGCAGUGUCCAUGAAGCAGUGUUUGAGGUACAAGAGCAGAAGGUACAGAUGUCCAGUGAGACACGGGACAAAUCGUACUUACUACCACCACAGCCUGCCAAGCAGUUCCUCAUCUCGCCCCCAGCCUCCCCCCCAGUGGGGUGGAAGCAGAGUGAAGACGCAAUGCCUGUGAUAAAUUACGAUUUACUUUGUGCUGUUUCCAAAUUGGGACCAGGAGAGAAAUACGAACUUCAUGCAGGAACUGAGUCGACACCAAGUGUGGUGGUUCACGUCUGUGAAAGUGAAACUGAAGAGGAAGAAGAAACGAAAAACCCCAAACAGAAAAUCACCCAGACAAGGCGCCCUGACCCUCCGACCACAGCGCUGAAUGAGCCCCCAAACCUUUGACUGUGUGUUGUGAGGCCUUUGAUGGUGGUGCAAGGCAGCUGCCCUGGGCUUUGGCAGUGAGGACCUGUGCCCCUACUGACCGUGGAUACAUUGCUG